AAAACACAAACUGCUUUUAGAACAAACUUGUAAUUUGUAUGCCAAGAUUGCCAAGUAUGUUCGCACUAACGUGUUAUAAUUGAUUGUGAAUAGAGAUUUACUACGAGAUGGAAGACUUUGUACCAACACGUAGUUCCCAAGUCAAGAAAAUUGCGACGAGUGAUUACAUAUGUGUACAUUAUACAGCGCCAAAGAAAAAGGUGAAAUCUACAGAUGACUUAGAUAAUAAAGAUAAACUUAAGGAAUCUACGAAACAAACGCCUGCUGAAUUAAAGCAGCAGCAAGAAAAAGAGAUGAAGAAGUUGCGAUAUGAGAUUAUCAAAUUUGGUAUGUCUGGUUUCGAAAAACCGAAAGCGAGGAAAGCAAAGGUUGAGCUCGCUAUUAGCUUAGGUGCAAUACCUCCCAAGAACAGAAGGAUGAAUUACAACGCGUUAAAGACGCGUCAAAAAAUAGAGAAAGAGAAGAAGAAGGAGGAAGGACAUAAGUCUAAGUCUCGAUUCGCCAGUAGUCAGCUCAAACCCAAGUCCAAGAAAACGCGGAAGAAGGAUAGCAGCAUUUUACAAGUUUAUGGGAAAGUACCGAAAAAUAUCUUGCAGAACAAGAAGACAUCAAAAAGUAAAAAAAGAGUUUCUGAAACAUAAAACUUUAUAAAACUCUACAAGAAAUUGGUAGAGUAAAAUGGAAAUAUGUUUUAAAUAUCAUCUUGUAAAUAACAUCUUAUA